UGCAUGCAGUAGAGAUGUGUGGCGCGAGUCAGCUAACUGAAGCAGACGAAGUUUGGAGCAGAAUUUCGCAAAGGCAAACUGAAUACACCGUUAGAUUGAAGAAAGUUUAAGCUGGUUUAGUAUACGGAUACUACUAAAGUAACGCACUCGGUCCUGGCUAAUUCUAAUUGGAAUUUCCUGCUGCAAUUUCAACUUGCAAAUCUAAACUUGAAAAGGCAAUUACCACGCCCGGCACCGGUACUGUACGAACGGAAUCGGACUCCGAUGUAGCUCGGCCGGGGCGCGUCUCGCUAUACGGGGAGGCAGUGUAACGCUAGAUUAUGUGGAGAUGCUGUGCAGGAUGCGGAAUUGAACUUAAAUAAACCAUGGAAAUAUUGCCGCAGUUGAGGUACAUUAGGUAUGAAUUUAUAUCGUUGAUCUGAGCAGUUACCACGAAAGACUAUUCUGCUACAUGGAUGACGGAAAUAAUGGCCGUUUUCUUCACAAAUGUGUGUAAAUUUAGUGACUGUGGCCUGACUUUCCCAUCCCUUCGUCAGCUGAUCGAACACAUAGAGGAUGCACAUAUUGACAAUGAUCCCAAGUUCCUUGAGAAGCAAGAGUUGCAGCAGCCAUCCUCUCUGCCUCUCAGCUAUGUGAUCAAGUUUGUGACUGAUGCAGCAAAACAUCAACAUGAGAAGAAGAAGGCACGGGCUCACAGUUCAUCAACAUCAAGUCCAAGGACUAUUGCACAGACUCUUGUAGCAGUCAACAGCAGUGAGUGGGACUUUGAUGAUGACAACGACAAGAGCGAUUCAGACAGCGAUAACUCCUGGACGACACAAGAUGAGUUUAGUUAUGAGCUUAUCCUGCGCACCAUGGCCACCCAGGUGGGGGACGAUAAACCCUUUCUCUGUCCUGUACCAGGAUGCAAGAAGAGAUAUAAGAACGUCAAUGGGAUGAAGUAUCAUGCAAAAAAUGGACAUCGGAAUGAGAAAAAGGUGAAGAAGAAUUUCAAAUGUCAGUGUGGAAAGAGCUACAAGACUGCCCAGGGCCUUAGGCAGCACAGACAGACGCACACCAACUCACUGGACUUGCCUCUCAGUUCUCUUGCCAGUAACAAACAAAUUAAAACAUCGAAAGUAAGCAGCGCCCUCAGUAGUUUGGCUUCGUCUACUGUACCAGCAUCCAUCAUCCAACAGGCCACUCCUCUCCUUGCCAGUCCCCUUGGGAUGUCCCUUGCCAACGGAAGCAUCGUCUUGGAAUCCAUCACCCCAAUCUCGUCGGGCAGCAUCAUCAUGGAACCUGGGGUGUCCACGGCAUCUGCAGCUCUUGGCAGUAUGGCCCAGGCCCAGCAGACAGGCCUUAUAGUGACUUUACCCUCUGGAGUGGAACCCACAAGCAUGAACCUUGCCAAGGCCUCGCUGGCCGCUGCCAACAAGGUCAAAUUCAAACAGAUCCACAUCCAGGGGGAUGCUAAAGACUGAACCGUGCAAUAUGAAAUUCUUGAGGACCUUGACAGAUAGAAGAGCAUUUAUGAUCUGGGAAUGCAAUUGGAUGCCUUGCAAUGCUGACAGAGGGUACCUAUGAUAUGUAAAUUUUCAUCUUGUGCAACAUUCAUUUCACCAUUAUUUGGACGGGAUACUUUUCACUGAAGUUCUUGAAGGAGAUUGAGGUCAUCAAGGAGGAACUUCUAUAGCUUUUAUUGCUGCUUACUGUAUACAAUAUAAUCAAUCACAGUCAAUCAGUAUAGUCUUGAUGGAAUGUUUUCCAUAUUAUUUGGCUAUUUUUUGCAGGGACAUUCUCCACUUAUCAUCUCAAUUAAUACAUCUCAAAUCAAAUUUCUGUACCUCAUCUUGCCACCAUUUUCGUUUCAACAUUCUGUUUUUGCAACAACUCCUUCAGCAACUUUGUGAUAUUGUUUACGAGAAAUACAACUUCAGAAAUGAUCUAUAUGAAACACCUGUUGGGUAACAAUAAAUUGAGAGUUGAUGAAAUCAUACCUCACUGAUGGAUGUAUCAGAAACAGAAACACUGAUUAUCAGAAGAUGCACAUGUUUUGUUUUAAUAUGCAGUGUACAUAUAUAUAAACUAUAUUUAUUGAUGAUAUUUAUUUUGUCUAAUGAUUUGGUUUUUGAUGAUCUAUGGGCAGUUACAUGUAGCAUGGCUAAUAACUUGGUAGUAUAAAUUUUCAAGUUGAGGAUUUUUUUUCAGACUACUAGAAAUUGCAUAUGAGAUGUUGGUAUAUGCAAUAGUUAGAGUUUGAGGUCUAUCCUAAGAGCUUAAAAUAAUCCACUGAGAAAAUGAAAUGAAAGAUGUAUUUAGAACUCAGCGAUAUUUAAAGGACAAGUCCACCCCAACAAAAACUUGA